AGUACAAUUACAUCACUGUCCUGGGCAGGUUUCUAGCCAAGAGCAACGAUACACCCAUGUGUAAGCCAAAAGGCGACCCGCGGAUCCUGACGACAUCGUCCAGGGCCCAGUGGACAGGAAUAAAUCUUGACCCAAUCCCCCCCCAACACUCCCCUAGAUCCAAGCUCUGAUCCAUACGCGGGUGGAGAGAAUCGGCGACGAGCAAGACCAAACCAUCUCCAGCACAAUAUCACAAACUACCCAAAGCCUAUUUCACAAGCUACCAACUCUCCGUGAAGCCUGGCCACCAAGGCCACACAACACAACCAACCUUACCAUGGCCCCCGUCCCCGCCACCCCCCUAUCCGCACACACCCUCCUCGAAACCCUCCCCCCAACCCGCACCCUACACCCCCGCCAAACCCAAACCAACCCUGACGACGGUAGCACAGUGACGAUAAUCACGGGCACCAACACUGCCGCACCGGGCAGCCCCGACGACGCCAACGACGCCGACACCCUCUCGGGCGGCGCCAUCGCCGGCAUCGUGCUCGGCUCCAUAGCCGGCUUCCUGCUCUUCCUCUGGAUCGUCCGCUCCUGCAGCAACUUGGGCGCGCCCCCCGGCGAUGAGGCCGUCCCGGGCAGGCCGUGGUAUGGCGGGGUGAGGGAUGAGUAUCGCGAGCCGCGGUAUCCGAGCGGUGGUGGUGGUGCGGGUGGGAGGGGGAGGAGUAGGGGGCGGAGUCGCAGUGGGAGUCGGAAUGGUGGGUAUUAUGGGGACGGGCGGCAUCAUCAUCACCAUCAUCAUCAUGGUCGGCGGAAUAGUGGGUAUGGGGAGUAUGAGGGGGUGGUGCCGGUGCAGGAGGUUGCGCCGGUUGUGGUGAGGGAGGGGAGGAGGAGUCGCAGUCGCGGGUAUUAUGGGUAUGGGGAGGAGCCGGUUUCGAGGAGUCGGAGUCGGGGGAAGUACUAAGGGGGUUUGAGAGAGGAAGGGCGAGAGGCGGUUGACGGUGGAUAUGGGUUGCUGCGUUGGGAGUAUUAGUGGGCUGUGACGAAGAUUCGCGUUCUAUUAUUGUCUGUUCUACCCCGUGUCCGUAAUACUGAAUGCAAGUAUCUAGCAAUGGAACAAAUGCUAUCAGCAAAACAAAUCCCCUUCAUCUUCC